AUGAGGGUCGGAGAGGCGGGGUCACGCUGCUGCCCGGCGGGAGCUACGGGCGGAGGUAACGACGAAGGCUGCGCGCGCAGCCGCGACCCCCUGGCGCCCGCCUAUCAGAGGGAGGGGCGGGGCCGCCCUAGCUUGGUGCGCGCGCAGCUUGACGUCAGUCGGACUGAGUUAGGAUUCGGCCGAAGUUGCCAUGGAGCCUUCCGAUCACCGUGUUCAUCUCCCAAGUUGGAAGAGGAUGAUGAUGUCAGUGAGGAAUCUUUGAACUCUGACAUUCAGAAACUGAAGGAGAAACGGGACAUGUUGGACAAGGAGAUUUCCCAGUUAGUAAAAGAAGGCUACCGUGUGGGUGAGCUGGAGGACCAUAUCUCCCUCCUCCAUGAGUACAAUGACAUCAAGGAUGUGGCGCAGAUGCUGCUGGGAAAGCUGGCUCUGACCCGAGGUGUCACCACCAAGGAGUUAUAUCCAGAUUUUGGUCUAGAACUGAGUGACUGAGCAGAGUCUUGCAGAUUUUUAUCUACAGCCCACAGGGACAAGUGGAUGGGGAACAUGGAAAGCAGGGAGCCCAGACAGUACAUUCGUAUGGUUUUCAGAUAAAAGUGCUAGAAGCCCAAACUUUUUAAAGGGCCCAAACUAAGUUUAGGGUGGGUCCUAGAGAGGGGUGGGCAUUGUCAGUUCUAAGGUUCCUAAACGUGCUUGUGAAUGGAUAUGUGGGGUUGUCCCUUGUGUUAAUAAACAUGAGCAGUCUC